GCUGAGGGGGAAACCCCGAGGGGUGCCCCUGAUAUGCAGCCCUGGGGAUCUGAAGGAGUGAUCCCGAAGGCGUGUGUUAUGUGCUGUGUGGGGCGCAACCCGGGGGCACUUCUGAGUGAUUGUACCCGGAGGCUAUCUUUGAAGAAGUGGAAUGAAGUAGAAAACCCGGGGGCUUCCAGAAUAUAGCCGUUGGAAAUAUAGCCGUUGGAAUACGUAACGACAAGAUAUAGCCGUUGGGGGGAUGGCACACGUGGCGUGUGAUGGCUGGUUGUUCGUGGGCGGCGUCACCGGUUGGGUGAAACGACGGUGCGUAAUGAUGGCGUCCAUCCGGGGGCCGAGAAUCCAGGCCCAAGCCCGGAUUCUAUCGCCUAUAAAUACCCCUAGGCCAGGCAUUCCUCCGUGUGCGAAAACUUGUUAGCGAAGCUCUGCCAAUUUUUCUAGAGAGAGAAACUCAAGCCUUCGGUCCUAACUCAGCUUUCGAGGUCAGUGCUCCCUGCCUUUUCUCCUUCUAGUAUAGCUGUACGUUGUGCCCUCGGGUUAGAAGAUAGAAUUCACUAGGAACCUUAGUUCCCCCGAACCCUCGAGCUAGAGUGUAGAAUGUCGUCCCAGAGUGACUCUCAGGACAUCUCGAGGACGCCCUCGAUGGAGGACGAAGGCAUCUCCGAUGUGGAGUCCAGCAGCAGUCAGCCCUCGGAUGGUGGUGACGUAGCCCUCGCCACUGAGGUGCAGAAGGAUCUGAUGGCCGAGGCCGAGGCGGAGGAAUUCGAGCGGACCGCGGAAGAUGAGGAGUUGGCCCUCGCCGUCCAGAUUGCUGAGGAGGAAGAGGAGAAGGAGAGGGCGAAGGUCACUGUGGCCGUCCUUCCCCCUCGGGGUGCUGGUGAGGCCAGUACUUCCCAGCCGCUGAAUGCAGUUCCCAUCCGGGUGGCCCCCGGGAAGAAUAAGAGAAAGACGAGGGCUGGCCCCCAGAAGAAAGUAAGGGUCGUCGAUCAAGGGGGGCCAGUUGAUCUACCAGAGGGUUACUCCUUUCUGGACACCGCCGCUCUGGAGAUUAAGUCCCAAGCCGACAGGGCGGACAUCUACAUCACCCAAUUGCACGUAGGGCCCUCGGCCGUAGUAGUCGAGCCGGGUCCUGAUGACGUGCUAUCCCGGCCUCCCGAGGGAUGCAUAGCCGUGCACGUGCUCUCGGUUUCAAUGGGCCUCCGAUUCCCUCUCCAUCCGUUCCUUCGGGAGUACCUCAGGUACACUGGCCUGGUUCCCUGCCAAUUGACCCCCAACAGCCAUUCAUACAUAGCUGGGUUUGUGAACCUGUGCACACUCCGGGGGGUUACAUCGAGCUUGGAGUUAUUCUUCCAAAGCUUCAACCUAUGCCGGGGGGGCCACACCAAUGCCGAGGGCUAUGCGAAUUUACAGCAGAUAGCCCAGUUCAAGCUGUUCACCGAGGCCCCUUCUUCCAACAAGGGGUGGAGAGAGCGAUGGUGCUACAUCAGACUGGCCGACAGCCCUUUCCCGAGGGAGUUGCGGAAUUGCUUUCGGCGCCAUGUGAAGGUCAAGAGUGCCGCCCUUGAGAAGGAUGGUCUGAAGAUUGCCAAGAUUCCCGAGGGUCGGACAAAGAACGUAACCAUCAAGAAGUGCACCCUCGAGGAAGACCUGUAUGCCCUCGGAUUCCUGAGGUAUCGGUUCAUUGGGAAGACCGAUGAGAAGUAUCCUCUCUACGAUAAAGCCUUCGUGGGAGCAGGAGGUAGUGGCCGGGGGCUUUGCAUUUUCGUACUUAGAGAUUUUUGUUAUGUUUGUUGUCGUGUCUCUGACCCCUCGGUUCUAACAUUUCAACUUGUUGCUGUCGUUCUUUGCAGGUAGCAGGAUGAAUGCCAACGCCUUGUUCGCGAAGAGGAAGGGCAAGACCCAGCAAAAGGAGAAGGGGCCCUCGGGCCAGAAAUCAGUUGACGCGCUUUUCCCGAAGGUCAUAGAGCCUUCCGCCGGGGACGCCCAUGCUGCUGUGGGGACCGGGGGGUCGAAGGCCGAGGCGGCCGCUAAGAAGAAGAGGAGCGACAAGGGGGUGGAGCCCCCUACCAAGAAGCAGAAAGGCGCCGGGGGUGCUGUCGGGGGGGGCGGCCCCCCUCAUAGUUAUUGAUGACAUGCCCGCUGUCGAUGAGCCUCUGGCCUCGGUCCCCCCGAAGGAUCCGGUAAAUCCCCCCGGGCGGAAUCACCCCGGGAGAUCCGUCAGCUCUCCUUUGCCCCCGGCGCUUCGUUGAUGCACGGCACUGCAGAGCCGAAGGCCUUCCUGCGGGGCAUCACCUCGAAGAUGGACAGGGAAGUCUUCGAGACCUAUGAUGACGAUGCCCUCGAGAACAGGAUCCUCCGGUCCUCGCUCACUGCCUGCAUAGCCCUCGGGGAACAUGCCCGGAGGCGCGAGGAAAGGCGUCUUCACGAGGCUGCCCAGGAUAAGAAGGUGGAGGGGCUGAUCCGCAAGAACUCCGAGGUGGUGAAGCAUGCUGCCCAGCUGGAGGAGGCCCUUCGGGAGGCGAAGGCGGCGGCGGAGAAGGCCAAGGCUGAUGGCAUAGCCGAAGGCAAGGCAGAAGCCGAGGGGGCUGCUGCUGAAGCGGCGAAGAGAGCCGCCGAUGAAGCCCAAACCGCUAAGGAGAGAGCUGCGGCCGAGGCCCGAGGGGAGGCAGUUGCGGAGUUCCUUGCUGAGGGCUGGAGGGCCGAGGGCCACAAGGAGUAGGUUGCCUCCGUGGUGGCAGCCUCGGUGGACGCUUGGGUAGAAGGCCCCGGGGUUGACUGGCUGACUGACAGAGGGGACGCCUACUACUAGGGGGUGAGUUCUUUACCCAGCACCUGAUCUACCGGAGGCUUGCCAGGCACUUUGGCGUGUCCCUCGAGCAAUUCGACCCCUCGGCAUAUGGCCUCCCUCCGUUGCAACCAGAUGUCAGAGUUCCCCUCCCCACGGGUGAAGAGCGGCCGACAAUCUAUGAUUCCGUAAUGAUGGGGGGUGACGGGGGUGGAGCCGUCGGGGGUGAUGCUGCCGGAGAAGAAGUCUCCUCCAAGGUUGUCGUGGAAGAUGCCCCUGGAGACAAUGAGGUUGAAGCCGCCGAGAAGAGUAGUACUUAGUCACUUUUUUCGAAAAAUCUUUGUAAUGAAUAUUUGUCACCCCUCGGCUUUGGCCAUACUUUGUAACAAACACACUUGAAUCCCUUUCUUUUGUCGAAUGAAUGAUUGCCUUCGG